AUGACCCCGGGUAGGCCCAAGACGGCAAACGACGCUUCCAAACAUCGGGGCGGCCAGCGCCCCUUGGUCCGGUUGCCCGGCUGCUCCAGCCGGCUCGCCACCCGGCUGCUCCAGUCGGCUCCCUGUCUGACUGCUCCAGCCAACCCGCUACGCGUAGUCAACUGCAACAUUGGCCUGACACGAACAAGACAGCCAUACCGCGGCCAUGCCCUGUCGUGUCCACGCCACUUAGCUGUGCUUAUUCCCAGUUUGGAUCAGAAAGAACACGAACAGGCUUGGGCAUCGGCGGACCUCGCCGUGGGCUGCGGCAGCACUUCCAGCGGACAACUAGCCCCACCCCUGCCCAGCCCUUAUCCAAGUCUGCGCAACCCCCUCCACAGCCAUACACAGCGGCCAGCUGCGCCAUCUGCCGACGCCAGAGAAGAGAACUCCCAGCCUUCAGGGAAGGAUGGAGUCAAUGACAAUCAUUGCUCCAAGUGUCAAUUCUGGAGUUCAAGUUCUUUUUGUGUGUGUGGAUAUCAGUUUAAGUUUUUUGAAGAUAGUGCUAUCCUAGCAGCCAGUGGCAAUUUUUGUUUGAUGUUACACGCGCUCCUGGUCAUAUUGGAGUUGAGGUUUGGAAUCAUUUAGAUUGGAAAGCCAACAAAGGAGUAUCUGAAAAAAUGCUGAAUAUUAUCCAUAAAGCUAAUCUUAUGAAGUGUCAUGCUGAUGCAAAGCUUUGUACAUUAACUUUCUAUAUAUAACAUUUGUAUCUGUCUAUACUGGAACAGAUCUUUUCAUUUUGUUUGGAGACAAAGUUAGUACACAUGCUGGA